UGGUUUCUUUUCUGCCUCUUAGCGUUACUAUAUUCUCUUGUUCCCUCGUCCUUGGGGUUGGCUUGGCGGUUGGAGGUCUUUCAAUGGCCAGAGAAAGUCGUCCAAGGAAAUUGGAGGAAGGUGAUGAUGAUGAUCGAAUUCGGGAGCUCCCAACCGAAAUCAUAUUCUCUCAUAUACUCCCACGGCUACCAGCAGAGGAUCUGAUGACGCGGUGCAGAUGCGUAUGCAAGUCUUGGUCCUCCCUCAUCCGCAGCCCUUUCUUUGUCGCCGCCUUCUCCAACUUUCGCAAGAACACCACUAACUUCAUUUUCAAAAACGGUAACCGCUUCUUCUCUUCAAAAAUAGAGGAGGAGCAACAAGGAGAGGGAGGAGGGAAUAAAUAUAAGGUUCCAAUUCCAACACCCCUCGCAGAAAUUUCAUACCGGAAUGGGUGCAUAGCUCUCGACCAUUACAACACUAAUGUUCAUAAACUGCAGAGCGUCCGUGGCUUGGUUUGUUCAUCCUUUAAGUGUGGCCCUGUUUUCAUACUUAACCCUACUACUCGAGAGUCCAUUCAACUUCCCCAUGUAAAUACCCGUGGAUUUGAUACAUAUCACUUUGGCUUCACUCCCCUUACCAACGAGUAUAAGGUUCUCCAGGUCAUCUCAUCCUGGGAACUUGGAAAAUGGAAUCAUUGGUUGAACGUAUACACCCUAGGCCUAGGUAGGGAUUCUUCGUGGAGGCCAUUGCAGGUAGACCCUGCAAUGGAGAUAUGGACCUUACACACAGGCACAUAAAGUACUGGAAGUGUGUGCGUCAAUGGGGCCAUACACUGGUUCAAUAAUAGGCGAAAAACCAUAGUUGUAUUUGACGUUAGAGAGGAGAGCUUCAGCUUGGUGCCACUACCAGAAG